GUUUCAGCAUGGCCGUUGUAAAUAAUCCGCGUGAAAUCACUACCAUACUUGAUUGUAUCGACUCUAUGGUAGAUGUCCUGCAAUACCUACAUGAAUCGCGCAGAAGACGCAGGACUUACGUUCGCCCCGAGCAUGUCCCGUUCCUCGAGACGAGAUUCCGUGAUUUCGACGAGUAUCUUUCGUCUCAGACCCCGGAAUCAUUUUUAGAGUACACAAGGUUGUACCCAGGAGAGUUUGAGGUACUCUUUGAUCACCUCGGUGGACGCCUCCAUCACGCCUCCACGCAUGUGGCACCGAUUGGAGCCAGGCAACGAUUGUGUAUUUUUCUCAGAUAUGUUGGCAACGGCUUCAAUUUCACAAACCUCUCAGAAGAGUUCAGUUGUGGGAAAGCUACUGUAUCAGCAAUUGUCUCAGAAGUGAUGGAGGCCAUCAUUGAGAGCGAGACUCAUACUGCUUUUCCUCCUCUGACCAGGCAGUAUUUGGAGAAAGCUGCAGCGAAAACUGAAGAGCUUUAUGAUUAUCCGCGUGCUGUUGGGUUCUUAGAUGGAAGACAUGUGGCUAUAAAGAAACCAAACGGAUGUGCAGAUGAUUAUUUGAACUACAAGAAUCUCCAAUCAAUAGUUUUGCUGGCAAUCUGUGAUGCAGAAUAUCGUUUCCUUCUUUUUGACGUUGGGAUCCCAGGCUCUCGCGGAGAUACCAGCGCAUUUAAAAACUCUAGCAUUUAUACAUUUCUCAGCGAAUGUGAUGAUCUCUUCCCCGAAACUACGGACCUCGGCGGUGUUGGCCCAGUUCAGUAUCAUAUUCUUUCUGAUGAUGGAAUGGGCGACGGUUCACGUUAUAUUGAACCAUUUUCGGGUCGUGCUGCGAACACUGGCAGCAAACAACGGUUCAACAAAAAACAUUUGAGUGCCCGGGCAACGAUGACCAAAGCCGUGGAAAUGUUACAACGACGGUUCUCCGUGCUUCAGAAACCGCUACAGCUAGAACCGAACCGUGGAGGAAAACUGGUGACAGCCUUAUUGAUUCUGCACAAUCUCGUCGCGUGGGAACAGAACGUUGCUGAAUAUGUAGAGAGAUACCCACCGAUAGCGGACGCUUUGGCACCUCUGCAACCAACCCAAAAGAAACUCAGUGAGGAAGCCGCUGCGGCUAGAGACCGGAUUGUUAAGCAUUAUGACAACCUUUACGGGGUGCUUGUGUAGACAUUUGCAUAGGUUCAGUUUUAUAAUGUUGAUGUUUAUGACGGGUGAUCGUUUUAUGCUUUUACGUGUAUCUUAAAACUGCUCUUCUACAAGUUGUGACUCAUAUGUUUGUGAAGAUUUGUUUGACUUCGUCUAAUGUGACAUAGUUGUUAAUCUCUACUGAGUAAAUCGGU